UAGACAGACCCUAGAACGGAACGUUGUCAGUCAGCCACAACACAACACAAAAAUCGAAAUGGAAUGGAAUAAUUAAAGCACGCGAGACAUUUUUCAUUACAAAAAUCGGACGACAGCCAGCCCAUCACCAGAAGAGAGUGUGUGCAGUGUUGAAAUUAGAGAGAAACGGUCAAACAUCUUUAGUUAAGUUUUUUUCCGAGGUCGCCGUCGAUGUGGAGGAGGCUAUAGAUUAGAUUUAAAAAACCCCCCCAUUAAAGUACCAUUAGACAACAACAACAUCAGUAUAAGUCAAUAAGAGAAGUCAUCUCCCAAAAGGAAGGAACAUGAUGAAUGAGGACACGAGUGCGUCAACGUCAUCCAGUGGCGGCGGGGUGAAAAAGUUCUUUCAACGACUAUCACAAAUUUAUCAAUCUGCCUUGGAUCGUUCCACGCCACACACAAAACUGCGCUGGAGUGGUGCUGCUGUGCUAGUUCUCUUCUUCCUGCUACGCAUAUUUCUCAAUCAAGGAUGGUAUAUUGUCUGCUAUGCUUUGGGCAUAUUCCAUUUAAAUUUGUUUAUUGCAUUUCUAACACCGAAAAUUGAUCCGGAAUUCGAUCCAUAUGCCAAUGAAGAUGAUGGUCCCAAUUUGCCAACACGGAGCAAUGAAGAAUUUCGGCCGUUUAUACGACGCCUGCCAGAAUUCAAGUUUUGGCUCAGCAUUACGAAAAGUACAACAAUAGCGAUAAUUUGUACAUUCUUUGAUUGUUUCAAUAUACCAGUAUUUUGGCCCAUACUGGUCAUGUACUUCAUAACAUUGUUCUGCAUAACAAUGAAGCGACAAAUUAAGCAUAUGAUUAAAUAUAAAUAUUUGCCUUUUACCCGCAAUAAGCCACGUUAUCAACGUGUUGGGGAGCCAACGGAAUCAUCAAAGUGACAAUUAGCCGCACAGACAUUGCCCACAUCAACAACUAGCGACAGUCGAAGUGAAGUCGAAAUCAAAAAAGCAACUACAACUGAAACAUCAACAAUAAUAACAGGAACAGGAACAGCAACAUCCUCCUCCAACCUAUCGCCAUCGUCAUUGUUAAAGGGUGCAACAGCCACAACAUCAGUGAAUACAACUAAUGUAGCAAAACCACCGCAAAUUAUAAUGAUUGAUGAAUGAAACAAGAAUAAAUUCUAUACAAAAUUACAAAAAAAAGAAAAGAAACAAACAGCAACACCAUUUUCCAAAAAUUCUCCCACACAAAAACGAAGAACGCCCCUUACAGAACUUUUUAAUAAAAAAAAACAAAACAACAAA